AUGGAAAGCCAGCUCUCAGGUAGGCUCCGUGCAGACAAGCCAAGUCUCUCGUACGCUGACAAUUCGGUAGCUGGCACCGAGACAUGUGCGGAGGCUCACGCUUCACCAAUAUCAAUCACAAGAGUUGCUGAAACAGCUGUGGUGCCACGAGGCCUCGUUGUACGCAGCGCCGAAGAAGCGCGGGCAGCGGUGGAAGAGCUUGGAAACAAUAGUCUGCUGAGCGCACAGCUCAUCAAGCGAAAUGUGUCCCUGGCCGAGCAAGAAGCAGCCGGCCUGGUCGCCCGCAGCCCCGAGCAGGCCGCUCAUCUCGCCAGCACUCUUUUACGCGCCACCACUGACAGCGGCGUCGUCGCCAAAGAGCUGUACAUUUCGCAGCCCGCGACCUACGACGAAGUCUGGUACCUGGCCAUGACCAUUGACCGGGAGACCUACCAGCCGGUCAUCAUCGUCUCCAAGCACGGCGGCCAGGACAUCCGCGCCAUCGCCCAGCAGCACCCCGCCAGCAUUCGCACCUACCACUUUUCCCUGACCGCGGGCGUCCCGGCGUCUCUCACGGAGCGCAUCGCCGCUGACCUCGGCGUCGCCGACGCGGCGACCAGCCUCGGUGCGACGCUCGCCGCGCUGCACCGCAUCUUUCGCGAGAAAGAGGGCAUGCUGCUCGAGGUGCGCUCGCUGGCGCGCUCGGGCGACCGGUUCACCUGCCUGGACUCGCGGUUCGCGUUUGACGACGACGCGCACAAGAGGCAGGCGGAUCUGUUUGCGCUGCGGGAUACGGAGCAGGAGGUGCGCGACGAGGUCGAGGCGGAGCGGCACGGCCUCGUGUACGUGCGCAUGGAGGGCACGAUUGGCAACGUGGUCAAUGGCGCGGGACUGGCGAUGGCGACGAACGAUGCCAUUGGCCUGGCGGGCGGCCAGAGCGCCAACUUUUUGGACGCGGGCGGCCAGGCGACGACGCAGACGAUGAUGCAGGCUUUCAGCAUCAUCCUGAGAGACGAGCGCGUCAAGGCCAUUCUUGUCAAUAUUUACGGGGGUGAGUUAUCUGGGCGCGUAGAGGAUACGCUCAGCGGUCUAAUUCUUGCAGGCAUUACGAGAUGCGACAUGAUUGCCGAGUCGAUUAUUGGCGCGGCCAGCGAGAUGGAUAUUCAUGUCCCGAUGGUGGUUCGUCUUCAGGGCACCAACUCGGACGCGGGAUUGAAGCUGCUCGCGGAUGCCAAUCUAGGAUUACACGUAGAAUCGGACUUUGGAAAGGCGGCGGAAAAGGCAGUUGAGCUUGCCAAUGCAUAA